UGGAUACCUUGUCUGUUGAGUGUGCUCGAAGGAUUAUGGAUUUGUAAUGAGUCUAGCCAGACCGGUGACGCCGACGCUGAGGAGGCUCCUAACGGAAUGAUAUCGAACGUAUAGCUUUGCGUCGAGGUCUGGAAGAGUUCAACUAUGUGUAUCCUCAAACCGACUUUUGCUGCAUACCUUCUCGCUUUCUGGGCCCGACACCUCGUUCAAUUUCACUCUUCCCCCGAUGAUGUCGCCUUAGCCGUGCUUUUGAUGCAUACGGCGCUUGGACAGUUUGGAGACUUGCAACGAAAGUGGAUCGGUCGAUACGAAAAUACUCUAUCCAUCGGCCAUGCCACCAACAUCCGAAUCAACAUUUUAUCACAUUCCAAUCUGGUAGUUGACUUGCAUAAAGGUUGACAUAUACAGUCUGGAUUUUUACAAAAUAGAGAGUAGAAGAGGAGAGUAC